CCAUUCUCCAUAAUAAGCCGUCAACGAUUAGCGACUUUGAAUUCGAUGCCCGAAAACUUCUGUUUUUUUCUUCUCUUGUGAAAACACAACGCGAUCCCGACCAUUUUAUGCAACAUGGUGCCCUGCAGUAUGCGACGCCUUUUACCCUGUGUGUCCAUUGCAAUGGUUUUCCUCAUAGUUGGGUUGUUUUGGAAUAUGACUUACGGAAAUUUUCGCUGGCAGAAAGAUGUUGACUUUGUUACAACACCUCGGAAAGUUUUUUCUAAUUUUGAGAAAAUCAUGGUACGAGAAAAUCAGCCUAUCUCGCCUGGAGAUACUGCAUCGACUGAGGAAGAACCGGGAAAGCUCAGAGUCGUCAUCAUUGGCUCCGGACCUGCCGCACUCGGCGCUGCUCGAAGACUCCAAGAACUCGAACAAGCAGACAGAACAGUCAUCAGCAUCUUGGAAGAGUCAGACAAACCAGGAGGCCCAGCCUCGUCAGUGAGGGACGGUCAAGGCUUUCUCUGGGACGCCGGUUUUCACGUCGUCUCCUCCCAUUACACCUACUUUGACCGAGUCCUCAACAUGGCGGUCCCCAAGUGGAAUUAUCAGAGCAGGGCGUCCUUUGCCUUCAUGAAAGGAUCUGAUAAGAAGAGGAAAUUUAUUCGUUUUCCAAUUGAAAAAAACAUCCACAAAAUGCAUGAAAGAGAUCACAGAGGAUCAGGCGAGAGUGCUGAAGGUGACCUCGCCAGCAAAUCCAUGAAAUUUGACGAGAGACUGCCUCAAAAAUUCGGAGUGGGUCUUGCCGCUGCGUUUAUGAGGAAAUACAAUCAGAAAUUCUGGACUGUUGAACCUAGGGAACUCAACUCAGCUUGGGUUAGUGGGCAGGUUGUGGUACCAGAAAUGGCGGAGACCAAGAUGAAAGAGCUAGAUAAUGCGAACACCGAGUGGGGAGACAGCCUUAUCUUCCGCUUUCCCAAAUACAAUGGGACGGGUGCAAUUUGGGAGUCGGUUGCUAGACAGCUUCCAGGGCGCUGGUUCAGAUUCCAUGAAAAGGUAACAGGUGUAGAUAUUGACAACAAAGUAAUUACUGUUGAAACUGGCCUAGAUGUGAAAUUUCACCGCGACAUGGAAUACGACAUACUGAUAUCCACAGUCCCUUUAGACGUCUUCGUGUCAUAUCUAAAAAGCAGUGAUGUGUCUUUAAGGCAGAUGCAAGAACUAGCAUCCCAUCUAGUAUACACUCACACUCAUAUCGUAGGCGUUGGACUCAUUGGUCGAAUACCGAAGACCUUGGCUAAUAAAUCUUGGGUGUACUUUCCAGAUUCAGAUUCUCCCUUCUACCGCGUGACAAUGUUCUCCAAUUUUUCAGAUGAUCAUGUGCCUAAACCAGGAGCUUAUUGGUCGCUUAUUUGCGAAAUAGCCGAAUCACAAAAUAGUUCAAAUCAAACGUAUUGGAGUGAAGAAAACUUGAUCAAGGAAUCCAUUCAAGCGUUAGUACUGUACGGGUUUAUUUCUGCUGACACGGUAGUCUCCACUCACUACCACCGCUUGGAGCAUGGUUAUCCCGUGCCUUCACGUGAGAGGGACGUGAUCCUUGACACGAUACAACCUUGGCUAAAAAGUAAGGACAUCUAUUCCCGUGGACGGUUUGGAGGUUGGAAAUACGAGGUGGGAAACCAAGACCAAUCCUUUAUGCAAGGGGUCGAGGUUGUAGACGACUUCCUGGGCGACGUUCCUGAGGUGACGUAUCGUUAUCCUGAUCUUGCCAAUUCUAAGAAAAAUACAGACCGCAUCGUCCCUCUAGAUUAUGAGAUUGUUAUUGCGCAUUACAAGGAGAAUCUUGAUUGGCUGAGACCAUACGCCAAUCACACCCUCGUUUACCACCAAGGGAACGCAUUGGGACCACCCUUCCAGUUCUACGGCUGGGAACGACUCGAGAAUGUCGGGCGAGAGUCACACGCUUUCCUGUACCACAUCACCACCUACUACGACCGCCUCGCCGAUGUGACCGUCUUUGCUCAGGGAGACCGUCUGAAGGGCAGAUGCUUCAAAAAUCCUAUGCGAUUUAUCGAUUCUGCGAGGAAGGGUAUCCCUUGCUUGAAGGUCUACGAAAUGUGGACAUGGUGGGGGAACAUUCGAUUCAAGUUAAAAAAUAAGCAAAGGCGCAAGGCGGAUGAGACAUUUGGACAAGUGUACAGGAAUCUGUACGGGCGUCCACCACCGAAGGAAGGCAUCGAGUCCUGCAGGAGUGGGUGCUUCGGUGCGACUAAGCAACAAAUUCUUAGACAUCCACGGGAGUUCUAUCAAAAGGCACUGGCGUAUGUCAGCAGACACCCAAAUCCCGAAGAAGGUCAUUAUUUAGAGAGGCUGUGGUAUCAUUUCUUUGCAGAUAGACCUUGAGAAGUCAUUUUAUUGUCUGCUAUCAAGUGCCCCAAAUAGUGUAUUUUGUACGGUUCUGCGUAUCUUUGUAUUACGCCUAUGUGUUCCCUGUCUUUUUCCUAUAUAUCACAUGCGAAUAAUGUCGAAAUUGCCUUUUAUAGUUUGGCUUCAUGGUUGAUCCGUUUAUAAAGCCAGUGAAUUCAUGAUGAAUAGCGUCGGUAGAAGUCAAGAUCACUUCUCAGUAAAUAAAGUCUAUACUAGUGCAAUUACCGCUUUUAUUCAUAAUUGCUGAUAACCCAAAACAAACCACAACGAAAAUAGUUGAAAGCAAGAAAAAUGAUUUUGCCGCUGGGAGUUCCUUUGAAAAAAAGGUCGGAGAAUUUACCUGUUCAAUAAAAAGAAAUAGUUGGGCCUGAUAGAACCUCCCAAAUAAUAAGAUCGAAAAGAUAUGGUAUGAAUGUUACCUCUCUAGUCUCAAGAUUUUUACGUCUCCAACUGCUACGUGCGAUAUUUGGUGGUUCAUCCGUCUGGCCCUAUAUUGAAGUGGAAUUUGUGCCCUAGUCAGAUGUUGCACUGGGACCUCCCAUUCCAAUCCAGAUUUACCCCUAUAUUCAAUUGUUGGGCACCAUUUCAACCCCUUUUAUGUCAUGAAAGUCAAUUUGUAGGUCACGAUGCUACGAAUAAAACAGGAUAUUGUUGCUCUGCUUGACGUUGACAUUGUGAGGACACCAUUGAUACCCAAUCUAGGUCACGUGACAAAGUGGUUACAAUCGGUCUAUUUUCAUGCAAGUACAGGGACUGCUCCCGUGGUGUACAGUAAAUGUAUUGAGCAUUGCUUUUUGAGAAUACUCCAUAGAUGACCGAUUGAGGUUAGAUUUACUACGUUAUAAGACGAUCAGCCAGAGUAUUCCGUUGGCUACUACUCUUGCAGCGUUCACACACCAAUAGCGUCUCGUAAAAUUAAUUUUUGUUCACACACCAAUAGCAUCUUGUAAAACUAUUUGGUAGGCCUAUAUGGUUCUCUCCCUACUGAGAAGGUAGUUCCCAUUGAUUGUUUGUCUGGGUUGAAGAUUUGAAACGGUGUUUUUGAGUAUCGGUGUUAAUUAAUCACGGUGGUUUGUUUUUGUAUUUGUAAGGCAAGGAAUUCCCCGAUCUAUGAACAUUAGCUCAAAUCGUAGUAACAUUAUUUUGCACUAAUGGGAAUCUAAGAGGGUCGGCCAUGUUUUUGUGGACCUUAAACUCUCUGUGGCAACCUCUUGGUGGCGCACUGUAUUUUUUAGUUGGACGUAAUGGCCUUAUUUUUGAGAUUGUGAUAUCCCAUCCCCACUCACCGGCACCAAGGCCGGAUCAAGACCCAUUUUGUUGGCCGGGGGGGAGGGGGGAGAAACACGUAAGCUGUGUACCUGGUCCACUUUUAUAUUAACUGAUAGCAGCGGUUACAAUUAAGCAGUUACUCAAAACAAUUUCCUCGGCAAAAUGUCGCUGUCUAUAUAUACAAAACAGCCUCCAUCCAAGACACUUAUAAUGUAUUUACUCUGAAGACACUUAUUACUUUCACUCUGAUUGAUUGAAAAAAAAAUUGUGGUCCCUUGCAAAAAUUGUAUGGUCACAUUCAUUUCGGGUCUGCUUUUAUCUAUUAUAUAUGCAUACCGGUAUGACCUGUCUCAUGUCGUAUCGAGAAAUUGUAAGUUUUAUGUAUGCCGAUGACUCCACACUGGUUUGCAAUUCCGAAAACAUUGCUGAAAUUGAAAAUAACCUUAACAUGUCACUAGCUAUGAUUCAUCAGUGGUCCAUCCAAAACAAAAUCUGGGUACACCUGCUGCGCCUGUGCAUUACCGUGAACCGCACAGGCGUAUUGCUUGCUCAAAUGGCGUCCAUGGUGAUUACACCUUUUGGGCAGAGUUAUCCAUCUUGCGCCUUCGGCGCUGUACUGUCUUUGGUUUUGAUGUUGACGGACUGUGUAACACAAAAACCACAUGUAAACCUUAUAUUUAAGUUUAGUGAUGCCUAGUCUAGAUUACUAUUGCACAGUGUGGGGUAACCGAUACAAAUGUCAUAACGCUAUCUUAAAUAAUAAGUAAUAAUAAAAAUGUGUUUCAAAAUCUCCCAGCUGACAUGUUUCAAAAACUUUACUUUCUUCACUAUCCUGCCAGAGUUAAUUACAAGAAAGCUGAUCUUCUUUUUAAAACUAUCAAUUCUCUGAUCCCACAGUUUAAAAGUCUAUGUUCGCCACAUGUUCAAGAUCGACAAACUCGUCAAUCUGCCGGGAAGACACUAGAAAUUUCUGUUGCACGAAAGGAUUCUUACGCCUCGAGCCUUCCGGUAUCUGCAGCCCAUAUCUGGAAUAAUCUGUAUGCUCAACUUUGUCUCCUUUGAGCCUAUUCAAAUCGACCCUCCGUCAAACAUAUACAUGUACCCAACAUUAAUGGACUUCAAAUUUAAAGGAGGAAAGGUGAAUUUAACGGAGUCGUGCGACUAGGUCGCUUUGAAUUAAAUUUUCUCCCAGGUUCUGAAAGGAAAUUCUCCUUUUUUUCCCCUCAAAAAUAAGGUUUGCUUUUGUAGGAUUUUAUCUCUGCCCAAAUAGGCAAGAGUGUCAUUAUUGCAGUGUAAUACUUCUUGUCGUUCAUUUAUUGUGCAUUUAACGUGUGCCUUGUCUUUCUAACAAAGUUCAUAAUAUUGAUGUUUCAUGUGUUUUGCUGCACAGUGUUAAUGUUUGUAUACAUAUGUGAAAGUUUCUAAUUAAAAUUUAAAGCUUUGUUUUUAUUGUCCAUGUACCCUUUA